GCUUUUUCAAGAAAUGCUUCAUACUGCAGAGCGCAAGAUGAUGAGUAUCGCUUGGAAGUUACAACUCCUUUGCAGAGGGUUGACUUGUUCAUGGGCCAGUUCAACAAUGUCCUGUUAACUUCAAUAUCUGUCUUCACCAAAGGGAACCUUACUGUUGCUAAUUUGGGAACUGCGGAGGGACGCUUCAUGCAGAUAGUGGUUUCCCGUUCAGAACCGACAUCUCCACAUGUCAGCUUUCAGUUAGAUUCCCACCCCGUCUCUCCCCAGGUUGUUGUUGAGAAUUCCUUAGCAGACGAUGGCUACACCCUGGUAGUGACUGGGAAAAAGAUAACGAGGAUCCCGCUGAAGGGGCCGGGCUGCCAUCACUUCAGGUCCUGCAGCCAGUGCCUGCUGGCACCUGCCUUCAUGCAGUGUGGCUGGUGCAGCCAGCAGUGCCUCAGGUCCCCCGAGUGCCCCGGCGGCACCUGGACCCAGGAGACCUGCUUGCCUAGAGUCUAUGAGAUUCUCCCAAGCAGUGCUCCCUUAGAAGGCGGGACAAAACUCACGCUGUGUGGAUGGGACUUUGGAUUCAGCAAAAAUAAUAGAUUUGAAUUAAAAAAUACCGUAGUCCAUAUUGGAGGACAAAUUUGUGCUCUGGAAGCAAAAUCUAGCAACAAAAACAAGCUGGAAUGCACAGUUCCUGCUGCAAAAAAUCCAGGUUUUAAUAUAUCCAGUAGUGUUUCUGUUGGACAUGGCAAAACACUAUUCAAUACAUUUUCAUACGUGAAUCCUGUAAUAACAAGUAUCUCUCCCACCUAUGGCCCCAAAUCUGGAGGAACAUUGCUAACUAUAGCUGGAAAAUACCUAAACAGUGGAAAAUCCAAAAGGAUUUUUGUUGGUGAGAAACCGUGCACCUUGAAAAGCGUUUCAGUGAGCACUGUGGAGUGCUACACCCCGGCACAACGACUUCCCCAGGAGUAUCCUGUCAGGGUGGGGAUCGACGGAGCUGUUCGAGAUGCAAGUGGUCAUUUCACGUACAGAGAAGACCCUGUUGUUUUAAAAAUUCAUCCAGCCAAAUCUUUUCUAAGUGGUGGAAGUACAAUCACAGCUCAGGGAAUCAACUUGAACUCAGUGUGCUUUCCUCAGAUGGUGAUUACUGUACCUAAACUGGGAAUGAACUUCUCUGUGGCAUGUAGCCACCGCUCUAGCUCAGAGAUAAUCUGCUGUACAACUCCUUCAUUGAAAGCCUUCGAUCUCCAGCCACCCUUUGUAACCAAAGUGUUCUUUAUUUUUGAUGGCGUCAGCUCUUUGUACUUUGAUUUUGAUUAUGUAAAUAAUCCUGUAUUUAAGCAUUUUGAAAAGCCAGUGUUCAUCUCAAGAGGCAACCAAAACAUUCUGGAGAUUAAGGGAAAUUAUAUUGAUUCAGAAGCUGUUAAAGGAGAGGUGCUAAAAGUUGGAAAUAAAAGCUGCGAAAACCUCCUCCUGCAGUCGGAAUCAAUUCUGUGCACAGUUCCCAGAGACCUCCUGAAAUCCAACAGAGAGCUAAAUAUAGAGUGGAGGCAAGAAGUUUUGUCAACAGUCAUCGGAAAAGUGCUGGUCCGGCAAGAUCAGAAUUUCACGGGACUAAUUGCUGGAGUUGUUUCAACAUCCAUUUUAAUUUUUAUCUUUUUGGUGUUUUUCCUCUGGAGAAGGAAGAAGAAACAAAUUAAAGAUGUGGGAAGCGACCUAGUGCGCUACGAUGGCAGAGUGCACACUCCUCACCUGGACAGGCUGGUGAGCGCGAGGAGUGUGAGUCCCACAACGGAGAUGGUUUCAAGCGAAUCUGUAGACUACAGAUCAACUUUUCUGGAAGAUCAGUUUCCAAGCAUGUCUCAGAAUGGAUCGUGCAGACCUGCCCAGUAUCCUCACUCUGACCUCUCCCCAAUUCUGUCUAGCGGAGACUCAGAUUUAGCCAGUCCACUUCUCCAAACUAAUGUCCACAUUGACAUCAGUGCCUUAAACCCUGACCUGGUCAAAGAAGUGCAGCAUGUGGUUAUUGGUGCUGACAGCCUGAUUGUGCACUUCAGCGAAGUAAUAGGAAGAGGACAUUUUGGGUGUGUGUACCAUGGGACAUUGCUGGAUAACGAUGGCAGGAAAAUUCAUUGUGCUGUGAAGUCACUGAAUAGGAUUACAGACCUGGAAGAAGUAGCUCAGUUUCUGAAAGAAGGAAUAAUCAUGAAAGAUUUCACUCAUCCCAAUGUUCUGUCGCUCCUGGGAAUCUGUUUGCCCAAUGAAGGAUCCCCCUUAGUUGUUCUUCCAUACAUGAAACAUGGAGAUCUUCGAAACUUCAUUAGGAAUGAGACUCAUAACCCGACAGUAAAAGAUUUGAUUGGAUUUGGCCUUCAGGUUGCAAAAGGCAUGAAAUACCUUGCAAGCAAAAAGUUUGUCCAUAGAGAUUUGGCAGCAAGAAACUGUAUGUUGGAUGAAAAAUUCACUGUCAAGGUUGCUGAUUUUGGUCUUGCUAGAGAUGUCUAUGAUAAAGAAUACUACAGCGUGCACAAUAAAACAGGAGCUAAGCUGCCCGUGAAAUGGAUGGCUUUAGAAAGUUUACAAACUCAGAAGUUCACAACAAAGUCAGAUGUGUGGUCUUUUGGUGUGUUGUUAUGGGAACUUAUGACAAGAGGGGCACCGCCGUAUCCUGAUGUAAAUUCUUUUGAUAUAACUGUUUACUUAUUGCAAGGAAGAAGGCUGCUACAACCUGAAUACUGCCCCGACCCACUGUAUGAAGUCAUGCUGAAGUGCUGGCAUCCAAAGCCUGAGAUGCGUCCAGCAUUUUCUGAACUCGUUUCAAAAAUAUCAACAAUCUUCUCCACUUUUAUUGGGGAACACUAUGUUCAUGUCAAUGCUACUUAUGUCAACGUGAAGUGCAUUGCUCCCUAUCCUUCUCUUCUAUCAUCACAAGACAACACAGACAUGGAUGUUGACACAUGAUCGGUAUGUCUGAAAUAGAGGAAAAUCCAUUCUUA